GGCGCGGCAAACUCGCCGGGCGAAUUGCUCCGGGCUAGACGGCAUCACUGACGCACGUUCUGCAAGUUUUUUUUUUUUGUUUUUUUUCCCACAAUCGGGGUUUCUACUUUCUACUUUCUAAUUUCAUUCCAUUCUCAACUCUUCCAACUCCCAAUCUCAACUCUUACCAGUUACCACACAACCAAACAAAAUCAGAAAGCCCACAUCAUCCAUCGUCCAUCCGUAGAUCGGCAGCAGAUCUUCAUCAUCCAUCGUUCUCCUUCUCGGAUUCUCCACUUUCUAGUCUCCAUUCUUCAGUUUCUGUCCUUUUUUUGGCGAAGAAGAAACCACAAGGCAGUAGAUCGAGCAGCAGAUCGGCGUUCAUCGUCUCUCCAGUAGAUCGGUAGUCAGCAGGCAGCAGCAGCAAGCAGCAGAUCGACGUUCACCCACCACCAGAGGCCUUCACCGUCGCGUCCAUCCGAGGGUGCUACGGCGCUGCCUGAAUAUGCCAGCAUUCCACUCAACCAAGGUGAAGUCUUUUAUCCCAGAUCCCAAAUCCAACAAGCAAUUGUCAACCACAACAACAACAAUCUCUGGUUCAUCAAAGCUAAAAUCUGCAAGAAAUCAAGGGAAACAAUUCAUGCUUUCUCCUUUCCAAGUGGCAGAAUCUGCAUCUUCCUGUGUACCUAGGGCUUGGAAAAGGCAGUAACCACCUGGAGGUCAAACGUCUUUUGAUUCCGGGAGUCCUGAAUCUCAGAGGCACCAUUUCUCCAUACAGAAUUUAGCAGGGUAUGGUCUCAAAAAGAUCAACUGGGUUGUGUAUUUGUCCUCUGGGUAUGGUUUAUCAAACUACACAAAAUCCUGCUCAGCAGAACACACUUCAGCAGAAUACACCUCAAAUGAACACACCUCAGCCGAACACACCUCAGCCUAACACACCUCAGCAGAACACAGAUCAGCAGAACAAAAUUGUUUCACCAGAGGACCCUCCUGUUAGUUCAUCAAGAGUCAGGCUAAGCGAUGGAAGAUAUCUGGCUUACACGGAGAAAGGUGUGCCUAGGAACAAAGCAAACCACAAGAUCAUUGUUGUUCACGGUUUUGGAAGCUCCAAAGAAAUGAGCUUUCAACUUCCCCAAGAACUAAUAGAGGAGUUGGGGAUUUAUUUUCUGCUAUUUGAUCGGGCGGGGUAUGGUGAAAGUGAUCCUAACCCAAAGCGUUCACUAAAAAGUGAAGCGUUUGAUAUUCAAGAACUUGCUGAUCAAUUAUGCAUAGGCCCUAAGUUUUAUCUAAUUGGAGUGUCAAUGGGUUCAUGUCCUACCUGGGGUUGCAUCAAAUACAUACCAGAAAGGCUAGCAGGUGUGUCUCUUGUAGUCCCGGUUGUCAAUUAUCGCUGGCGAUCCCUUCCAGAAAAACUGAUUAAAGGUGAUUACAGAAGAACACUUGUCCAGCUGUUCUUCUGGUUUGCAAAACAUAUUCCUCGUCUUCUACAGUGGUGGGUAACUCAAGAUUGGAACUCUUCAAUGAAUGUUGUGGAAAGGAAGCCAGUUUUCUUUAGCAACCGAGACACAGAAGCCUUGAAGAAGUCUACAGGAUUCCCAAUGCUUACUAAGGAUAAGUUGAGAGAACGAGUUGUUUUCGAUGCUCUCCGUGAUGAUUUUCUGGUUUGUUUUGGUAACUGGGAGUUUGACCCAACAGAGCUAAGCAGUCCAUUCCCUCAAAAUGAAAGUUCAGUUCAAAUCUGGCAAGGCUAUGAAGACAAGGUUGUCCCAUUUGAGCUUCAAAGAUAUAUUUCAGGAAAACUGCCCUGGAUCAAAUACUAUGAAGUCCCUGAUGGUGGACAUUUGCUUGUGCAUUACAGUGGUCUGUGUGAGGCCAUUACCAGGGCACUUUUGCUGGGAGAAGUAAAUCCUUUAUAUAUACCAAGUACAUCCAAAACGGUACCUUAGAUUUCUCAAAACCUGUCAGGUGUUCUUUUAUUUAUCAAAAUGUCUAUUGUAAAUAGACUGCUCUAGAAUGGAAAACUUGUGUUACAUAACAUUGAUUAUUCAUUAUUCAAAAAAUUGAAUGAGAAUUG